CAGAGUUUUUUUCAACUGCAUUUCUGCCUUCAUCCUUCUACAUAUUUUUUUUUUCAUUCGUGUUUUCAUCGACAUCGUUCAGCAAACAAACAAACAAGCACACCCCCUCCCUUUUCACCAUUCUUCACCACGCAACCAUGGCUAUGUCUGGCGUCACUCUGGCGGACAACGUCCGCGGCGCAAUCAGCGACCUCCGCAUGAAGAAGAGCCGCUACGUCGUCCUGAGCAUCGGGGCGGAUGGCAAGAAGAUCGAGGUGACGGAGAUCGGCCAGCGCGACGUGUCCUACACGGACUUCACGGCCAAGUUCUCGCCCGAGAAGCCGUGCUACGCCGCCUUCGAUUUCGAGUACGACGACGGCGGUGCGAACCGCGAAAAGCUUAUCCUCAUUCAGUGGAUUCCUGACACCGCAAAGCCGCGUGAGAAGAUGAUGUACAGCGCCAGCCGCGAUGCGCUGAACGCCGUGUCGGAAGGCUACCUCCCCAUCCAGGCGAACGACGCCUCGGAGCUGGCGGCGGCGGAGGUCGUGCGCAAGGUGAAGUCUCAUCGCACCGCUUAA